GUCGGUCCGCGCGCGUCAGUCACGGUAAAGACGCGCUUGGCGCGACGCUGGAUCGAAAAGGACGACGCUUGGCGUUGAUUCAAACUUUCCGCGGAUUCGCGAGCGGUCUUUUGCGGUUUUGACGGUCGAUUGGGUUGUCGAAUUGCCGGGAUACGGUGUCGACAGGAUGUUUUGUCGUGUGGUUAAGGGGAGAUAUGAAUCGGAGUCCGAGUUGAAUCCGUACCAUCCCAAUCAUCACUCUGUCACUUUUCAUCCAGAAAGUUGGUAGAGUGCCAACAAAUGAAGACCUAUCAGAUUGCCCAAUCUAGCGCGAUGUCGAACGAGAGUUAUUAUAAGGAAUUAGAGGAGAUAAAUGCUGAUAGGAUUGUCAACGAGAGCAAACUUCUACUGGAGAAAUACGUGAGGAACAGAGCAAUAGAUGAACCAGCCUACACGACUCUUAUCGUCAUGUAUGGCAUCCUGAUCGUUGUUGGUGCUCUUGGGAAUACUUUGGUGAUCAUCUCAGUUGUGAGGAAAGCCGCUAUGAGGACCCCAAGAAACAUGUUCAUAUUGAAUUUGGCCAUAUCGGAUCUCCUGCUGUGUACUAUAACAAUGCCGUUGACCUUGAUGGAAAUUCUGACCAAGUAUUUUCCCCUGGGGGAUAAUGAAUUCGUUUGUAAGAUAAUAGGCACUCUGCAAGCGAUGAGUACGUUUGUUUCCACGAUUUCUAUAACUGCGAUAGCCCUAGAUAGAUAUCAGGUUAUCGUCUAUCCCACUAAAGUCAGCCUGCAGAUAUACGGGGCAGGGGUUGUGCUGCUCCUCAUAUGGAUAGUCGCCCUAAUCUUGGCCCUGCCACUUUUCAUCUACAAGAAGCUGGAGCACCAGAAUAUAACCCUGACAGAUGACAUUGACGGCCUGAAUUUCUGUAUCGAGAAUUGGCCGAACGAACACGGAAGGGCCUAUUACUCCAUAUUCUCCCUAACAUUUCUGUAUAUAUUGCCCAUCACCAUCAUAACGGUAGUGUACGCCCAGAUAUCCUACAAACUCCGAUACCGCUUCAACCGCGGUUUCACAAACGAGGAGAACCCCCAGAACAACAGACGUCAGUUGCGCGGCAGGAAGCUCCACAAAACCAACCUCCUACUGACCGCCAUCUCCCUCGUCUUCUGCAUCAGCUGGAUGCCCCUGAACCUUUUCAAUCUGAUAGCCGAUCUCCAUUCCAACUCCCAAGACAUCAACUUCACUUCCCAGAAAAUGAUAGUGGCCUACGCCAUGUGCCAUCUGAUGGGAAUGUCAUCCGCCUGUUCGAAUCCCGUGCUCUACGGUUGCCUCAACGAUAACUUCAUGAAGGAGUUCAAGGAUAUUCUGGGGAUAGCCGCCUGCCAGAAGAACAAAGGUGGAGAUUCGAACAACAGGCAAUCUAAGAGGUCGGUUAAACGUGAUGGGAAAGGGGAAUUGAUGACUGCAGCCACCGACUACCAGCAAUGCAACACUCACAAACCCAACGCAAACUACUUGUCAAUUCCUCGUCAAUAUAUCGAAGAGUCCCCGAUGUUAUGACCAAUCAAGGAAUGCCUUGAGUUCGUGCUGACUGACUGUUUUUGUUGUGUGAAAUUUACUUGAUUUAGAGGAUUUUAUGUAAGUGGAUUUGUAUCAGCUAUUUUGUAAAUAGUUAAUAUUCUCGUUGUGUUGUCAAAUAUGUUAACGUGAAAUGAGACAUUUUCCAGUCAUCUACUUCAUGCAGUUGUUUAAAAAAUGAUAGUGUGAUGGUUUGGAAUUCAAAGAGUUUUACAGACUGCUAGAGGUACAAAUUGAAAUGAAUAAACGAAUGAAUUCCAUGCCAUUGAUUCAUAAAUAUGGAUAUUAUAAGACUUAAUGAUUGAAUAUAUUGUUUUUAUA